AGACAGAUGAUUUACAUAAUUUUUCUGCUUCUGUGGAAAGAGAAGAAAUGCUGCUACACUAUUCUGUUAUGGCUGUAAUUUUUGCAUUUACCUGUAUUUUGGAAAGUUAGUUUCCAGUUUUCUGAGAUGCAUUUCUCAGAAAAUAAUGUUUUUGAAGAUGACUCCAAUAGAAGUGAUGCUGCUGUCCAUGAAAAGGUUCCUUCUGGAAUCUUGUCUCAGACUAUGAACUACGUAGGACAACUUGCAGGGCAAGUCCUGGUUACUGUGAAGGAGCUGUACAAAGGCAUUAAUCAGGCAACCCUUUCAGGAUGCAUUGAUGUCAUUGUGGUCCGGCAACAGGAUGGUACAUUCCAGUGUUCUCCUUUCCAUGUCCGAUUUGGGAAGCUUGGUGUAUUGCGCUCUAAAGAAAAAGUGAUUGAUAUAGAAAUUAAUGGCGAUGCUGUUGAUCUUCAUAUGAAACUGGGUGACAAUGGAGAAGCUUUCUUUGUACAAGAAACAGAGGAGGAAAAUGAAAAGGUUCCUGCAUAUUUGGCAACAUCUCCAAUACCCACUGAAGACCAGUUUUUUAAAGACACUGACAAUCAUUUGAAAUCAGUUGAAAAUGAGAGGACAUGUGCAAACUCAGAAAUUCUACACUCUGCAGAAACAGAGACUGUAUUCACCCCAGGUUCUGUGAAAAAGAAAAAAAGAAGAAGAAAGAAAUACAAACAAGAUAGCAGGAAGGAAGAUCAGAUCUCUUCUGCUGGGACUGAAGAGAUUUUCGAAAUGGAAAUCAGCUCAGAUGAUGAAAAAAGUGUUCAACCCCUAAGAGGGUCCUCAAAUUCAUCACCAAAGGGUGAAGAGCAAAAAGAGUCUUUGAUUUACCACUCGAAGGACCAUUACCCCUUAUCUGAUGGAGACUGGUCCCCUCUGGAGAACCCUUUCUCUGAGCAAGUCUGCCCUAAAAGCGAUUCAGAACUGGAAGUUAAGCCCGCUGAGAGCUUGCUCAGAUCUGAAUCUCACAUGGAAUGGACAUGGGGAGGAUUCCCAGAAUCAACCAAGAUAAGCAAGAAAGAGAAACUGGAACAUUGCAAAACAGCUACCAUUACUCCAUCAGAGAAGACUCAUUUUAGGGUCAUCCUCAGCUCUGAUGAAGUUGAAGACGAUGAUGAUGUGAAAGAUUCUGUCUGUACAGUACUGAAACCUGAGCCAAGAACUCAUCCUCUGCUUCAGCAGAUGGAUGUUAAAGAUUCUCUUGCUUCUGCAAUCGUAGAACCACAAGUUGCUUUGCCAUUAGAUGCUGAUCAUCAUUCCAGAAUGUUGGUGGACCCUUUACCAGAAACAAAGCCAACAGCAAAAACCGACUCUCCUUCAAAAAAGAAAGGGGUGCACAAGCGAAGCCAUCAUCAAGGACCUGAUGAUAUUUACUUGGAUGACCUAAAGGCUUUGGAACCUGAAGUUGCAGCACUUUACUUUCCCAAAAGUGAUUCUGAUCCUGGCUUCAGGCAGUGGACAGAGUCAGAUACCCUUUCUGGUUCCCAGUCACCCCAGUCAGUUGGAAGUGCUGCUGCUGAUAGUGGUACAGAGUGCAUGUCUGAUUCUGCUAUGGACUUGCCUGAUGUCACACUGUCACUUUGUGGAGGUCUCAAUGAAAAUGGAGAGAUUUCUAAAGAAAAAUUCAUGGAACAUAUUAUUACUUAUCAUGAAUUUGCUGAAAACCCUGGACUCAUUGACAAUCCUAAUUUGGUUAUACGGAUUUAUAACAGGUAUUAUAACUGGGCAUUGGCUGCUCCGAUGAUUCUGAGUUUGCAGGUGUUUCAGAAGAGUUUGCCUAAGGCUACUGUUGAGUCUUGGGUCAAAGAAAAGAUGCCAAAGAAGUCUGGAAGGUGGUGGUUCUGGCGCAAGAGAGAAAGCAUGAUUAAACAGAUACCAGAGGCGAAAGAGGGGAAAACUGAGACUCAAAGAGCAAAUGAGCUGCCAGCAACUAUAAAAGAGCAAGUUAAUAGUAGACCUCCAGAAGAUGAUUCUUCUAGUGAUGAAGCAUCACAGGAGUUGAAGGAAUCUCUAAAAAUGGAUUCUGCCCCAGCAGAGCAUCCACCCCAUGGGAACGUUCCGUCUUAUAAGAAGUCACUUAGACUGUCUUCGGACCAAAUAGCAAAGUUGAAGCUCAGAGAUGGCCCUAAUGAUGUUGUAUUUAGUAUUACAACCCAGUAUCAAGGAACUUGCCGUUGUGCAGGAACAAUAUACCUCUGGAACUGGAAUGAUAAAAUCAUCAUAUCAGACAUUGAUGGAACAAUAACCAAGUCUGAUGCUUUAGGACAUAUCCUCCCUCAGUUCGGCAAGGACUGGACUCAUCAGGGCAUUGCAAAACUCUAUCAUUCCAUAAACGAAAAUGGCUACAAGUUUCUGUACUGCUCUGCCCGUGCCAUUGGGAUGGCAGAUAUCACCAGAGGAUACUUACACUGGGUGAAUGACAAAGGAACAAUUCUCCCCAGGGGCCCUCUCAUGUUGUCCCCCAGCAGUUUGUUUUCUGCCUUUCAUAGGGAAGUAAUAGAAAAGAAGCCCGAAAAGUUCAAAAUCGAAUGUUUGAACGAUAUCAAGAAUUUGUUUGCUCCCAGUAAACAGCCUUUCUAUGCUGCUUUUGGAAACAGGCCCAAUGAUGUAUAUGCCUACAUGCAAGUGGGAGUUCCAGCCUGCAGAAUAUUUACUGUGAAUCCAAAGGGUGAACUGAUCCAAGAACAGACUAAGGGAAACAAAUCUUCGUAUUACAGACUAAGUGAGCUUGUGGAAUACGUGUUCCCAUUGCUUAAUAAAGAACAGAGUUCUGCAUUUCCGUGCCCAGAAUUCAGCUCUUUUUGCUACUGGAGAGAACCUCUUCCUGACCUUAACAUGGAUGAACUGACCUGAAAAGUACUUCUCACCAGGAGAUGGAAUUUCAUAUUCAACUACUCAACUUCAGUUUAAAUGUGAAGAACUUUCUUAAUGAAGAUGAUAAUUUAUAUAUUGGUACCGUAAGUCUUACUAAGGAAAUCACUUUAACUUCAUUGGUUUGAAACAAAGAAAAUGCAAAGCUACUGUCUUAUUUUUUGGUGUGUGUGUGUGGGUUUUUUGUUCGUUUGUUUCUUUAUUGCUUGUCUUUAUAUACCUGUUCUAAGGCACUUGAGAUUGGACUGUCAUUGAUGGUCAUGGUACCCAAGUGCUUCAGGGCAACUAAAUGCUGAGGUAAAAUAUGACUUCGCAUUCUCAUCAGUACAGACCUUAUUGUAAACAGACUAAUUUUUUUUUAAUUUGUCUUAAUAGUAUAUUUUCUAAAAUGAAGCCAAAAAGUGUAUGGAAACUGCCAAAUAGAAUGUCAGACCUAUUAAUAAAAAACGUGGUUUAAUGUUCAGAUGGGCAAUUGGGCCAUUUUUGAAAGGAACCAGAGCCCAAGACCAGUGUGCUUUUUCUCAGCUAAAAUACAGAAAAUGUAUAGACCUUACUAGUCUGACAGACUCUGAAGACAUAAAAUUCCUCUUAAGAUGUAAAUAUGCCUUUUGUUACAUGUACAAGGCUGUGCUUGUACAAAUCUGCUCAAACUAACUCUGCUUAUUACUUUUCUUUUUUUACACAUAAUAUUUAAACUAUUUGAUGAGCUUGUUAAAAAUGAAAGUUGUCUUCAGACACAUAUAUGGCUUUUGUUGUUUUCAGGCUGAGCUGUGUCAUGUUAAUUUCCAUCAAGAAAAAUCUUCAACAAUUCUGUAAAAGUUGGGGAACUGGCAUUUUUGUUUCCUUUUUCAGCACAGAGAUGAUGCGUGUGUGUGUAUGCUGUGUAGGCCAGUAAAACGUAUGUACAGAUUAUAUUCAGGGAAUUGUAAUACUAAAAAAAUUAUGUAUUUAAUAUUUUAAUUGUCUACUGCAGGUGUUUCCAGAAUUCUGUAUUGCAGGUUUUCAAGAGCUGGAAGGAAAUGCACCCCAAGUAGUGAGAUUCCAGCUGUGAGAAUGGUUAAAUGCUGCAGAGCAGAAUAAAACCUUUUCCUUUUUUUCUUUUUUCUUUGGGCUUGUUUUGUUUGUUUGUUUUAAGUUUUGGAUUAUUCAUAAACAUCAUGCUGGUCAUUCCUCAGGUUCCAAUCAGAGCCUGUGAACAAAUUACAUUCCGAUUGUAGUGUUUGUCAACUGUAGAAGCAGCUAGUGUUUCUCCAAAAGUGUUUGAAGGCAAAGGCAGCUGCUUUCUAAGUUGAAUUAGUGCAUUUAACCUCCUUUGGACAAAACUAUGGUGAGAACGUAUCACUCCACCAGCCCGGAGGGCUUAAAGACUACAGUCAUUUAAACAUCAUUUAAUCGUCAGUCCUGAGAUUUCUGGGCUUCCUGUCACUCACUCCUUAAGUGUGUUCCUGGGGCCAUGUAUUAAAGAUCUUUCAGGGGGCAACAUCCAGAAUUUCCACAGACUCUGGAGCAAGCUCUUCCCUGUGCACAGCUCCCAGUGGGAGCAGGGAAGGGUGAGUGAUCUUCAGAAGACAUUUGUGUGGCUACCUGCUGCAGUGCCUGCACAGGGCUGCUCUUCUCAGGAACAGCUGGGGCAGGCCUUCUGCGUGGGCUGAAUGUAGGAAAGGAGCUUGCUCUGUUUCACUACCUGCAGAAGAGUGCAUUUAGAGGAUUUUGCACCCCUCCAGGAAUAUUUUCUUUAUUAGGCUGAGUGUCUUAACCCCCAGUUCUGAUGUAACACCAGCUAACACUAGACAGUUGGUGAACUGCUCAGGGGAAUCAUUUUUAGAUCACCAUAUAAAUGAAAUUACUAUUUUCCCCCUUAUAAAACUCUAGUGUAUUCCUGUAUUUAUAAAACAUUGGAUAAUGAGUGGAGGCAAGCAUGGAAUCUCUUUCAAAACAGGAGAAUGAGAGUGGGGAAAAAAACCCCAUACCUAUCUGUCACGGUGUGCCAUGCAUGUCAUUCUUGUUCUGCACGAACAAUACUUUCAGUGGUUCUUGGUCACCAGUCUACUCAGUGUUUAAGUGGAUUUCACAGGAUAUUUUGCUCUUACUGCCUUUUUUUCUUUUUCUGUUUUUACUGUCAGAAGCUUACAAACAUCAUUCCAUGUGGGUUUUUUUCCUUUUCUUACCUUUUGUUCCGUAGAUUUCACUAGAACUGAAAUUUUCAUGAUCACCAAGUGCUUUGAAUAUCAAUGGGAUUUGAUCUUUUAAGUCACUUAAAUACUUCAAAAUAUAAAUAAAUAAGAAUCCAACAUAAUAAAGUAUUUUAAUUAUGAGAUUAAAUAAAUAUUCUAUCUAAAGAUUCUAUUUUGCAUAAAGGGAGUGAAGCAGCCUUUCCUAAACCAGUCCUUUUGUGGAUGUGAAAAUUUUCUUUACCAUGCUUAACUUACUCUUGGUGGCCCUGGUACACGGCUUUUCUAAAAAUAGAAGUACUUCAUGAAACUACAAUGAGUUUCCAAAUCGGACAGAUUGUUACCAAGGUUUGGCUAUGCCUGUCUUGGUUAAUUUUUUUUUAUGUGGUAAUUUUUUUUUUUUUGCUUCACUUCAGCUCCAUCUUUUCAGGCUGUCAUAAAGAUAAGCUGUGGAUUUCAAGGUGGGGACUUGAGUAAAUGAUCAGCAUGGAAAAAUAUCAGGUUUAUCUCCAAAUGCAUGUACUUUCAGCUGGUGUAAAUUUGGUGGUUAUGUGAGCAUGGAGAGCUCCUCACUAUGCUAACACGUCAUUUUGCAUUGUAGGAAUGUCCAAAAAGUUGCUUAGUUAAAAAAUCAGAUUUUUUUUUUCUCUGUAACAGCUACAAUUUGAUAUUUGCUUUUUGAUAAAAUUUAAGUGUUGCUGAGUAUUUCUGAUAUGAGUAGAGCAGAGGGCUUAUUUGUUUUUUCUAAGUCUGGCUUGUGUUUGAAGCUUUUCAGACUGUUUGUUGACCCUGUUAAUGGACAGAACAGGGGGGCACUGUACCCGUCAUUGCAUACCUACGUCAUUUGGGCUGCUGGGCACUUCACUGACUCUAGAGAAGACAUCUUGUUGCUAUUAACUGUAGGCUUGUGCUGCAAUAUUUAAUGUGAAGUGGGGUAAAUAAGAAUUAAGCAUUAGCCUGUCCUUUGUUACCUGAGUCAAGAGAAGUGGCCUGAAACUAAUGUUUGAGAACAAGUUGUGCUAUACUGAUUUAAAAUUAGUGCAAACUAAAUCAUUCUUUCUGUGAAAGAGGAACUUCUAAGUGUAUGUGUCUGUAGGCAUGUGCACACCCCUGUUAAGACUGUGUUGUUGAAGAUGCAGAUCCUCUUAGUGUUGGAACCUGUCAAAGGCUGAGUCAAGGACACCUGUCUGGGAGUAAAUAAGGAACACUGCAAUUCAAAACUUGUUAGUGACUUGGGCAUCACCCAUUUCUAUAAUGUCUUAAGGAUCAGCAAUUCAAGGGGCACACAUUUCUGGAUUUAAUUGGUUUUUGGUUGUUUUUUUUACUGUACCAAGCAUGUUUGUACUUCAAAAGAUUGGGCUCUCAUUCCCAGCAGUAUACAAUUGCAUGUGCAAUCUUGGCUCAUGACUCUUUAGCUUUCUGUCAUCAGUAUACUCCUCCUAAAACCUUUUUUUUUUUUUCAACUGGAAAAGUUUUAACACUUGUGUUAACUUUGUCAUGGAACUUCUGAAGCAAACUAUGAAUCCGCUUGUGGUAAAGAGAAAAGAGAUGAGAUUUCAUGUUAAUAUUUCAGACGAGUCUUCUAGAAAAUGCUGUCAUAUGAAUGAGUUGCUUAAAUGACUGUAAUGCACAUUCAUAAUGAACCAUCAAAAAUACAUAGUGAAUUUGAGAUGCCUUUAAAGUGUCACUUUUGCCUAAAGAAGUUUUAGUUUCCAAAGUUAAAAUUUACUAAAUAAAAUGGAAUUGUUUGGGAUUUUUUUACAGUGUUAAUUACUUUCAGAUGAAAGUUAAAAUGUUGGUUUAUUUUGAGGGUGGGAAAACUCUCUUCAAUCAUUUGUUUUUACCUUGAAGAUGUGGAAUACUUGAUUGUUAAGCAACCCAAUCACUAAUACGGUAGUGUGUUUAAAAUGUCAAAUCUGUGAUCAUACCAAUACAGUGGUUUUUGUUAAGACUGGACUGUCUUGGGUACAGCAACCCACAAUUCAGUGCAAUGUUUAUUGGUGUUCGGAACAAUGUUAUCACAAUAAACAGACUUAAACUAAAA